GGCGGUGUCGCAGGCAUGUGGGGGGAGAGAGGGAUGGGAGGCUGUACACCACUGUCCCUCACUCCCCGGCCUCAGUUACCCCGCGUCUGUCACGGGAGGUGCACCGCCCGGCCGUGUCCGCCACACUGUGCGCUGCUCCGGUGUACUCCCCUCCUGCAUGAGGCUCCUGCCAACAUUAUCUCCACUGUGAUGGCGAGUGUUGUAAGCGGGCGUGUGGCGGUACAGAUGCUGGUAGCAGUGGUGGUGGCCGUGCUCAUCACUACCCUCUGUCUCUUCACCUUCGACAUCGCUCCCAAUUUUACACCAUCAGCAGCUGUGGCUAAGUACCCUGGCCCAGACGACCUGGUGAUACCCAUCGACCGGAUCAUGAAGUCUCCUGUCUCCAUUGAUCAAGAUGACCCGAAGCUCAUACAGAGGAUCAGGACACAUUACCUGUACCCACCCUCCAAGCAGCCCUACAGCCUGGCAAGCACCAAUGAUGAUCCCUCCAUGGGCCAGUCCAUAGAGAUACGCCAUAUACUUGGUAACCAGAAGAAUGGAUUCUUUGUGGAGUGUGGAGCCCUUGACGGAGAGACACGCUCCAACACGCUCGUCUUUGAGAAAAAGUUUGGCUGGCAAGGCGUUCUCAUUGAAGGAGAUCCCAAAAACUUUGACUUGGUGUUAAAGAAGAAUCGAAAGGCUUGGGCUGUCAGUGCAUGUCUCAGUACACACCCGUAUCCGAACACUGUGAUGUUCAAGCAAAGCUUCAACAUUGGUAAGAUUAGCAGCUUGAAAACAGGACAAGAGCAGCAAGGCUACACAGAGGUGCAGUGCCUUCCCCUCUACUCCAUCUUACUGGCCCUCAACACAACCACUAUCGACUAUUUCAGCCUAGAUGUAGAAGGCUCAGAGCUUGCAGUACUCCGUACUAUUCCUUGGGACAAAGUCAAUAUUAGGACAUUGUCAGUGGAAUUCAUCCAUGGAGGAGAGGGAAAGGAUGCCAUACGCAAAUAUGUGGAAAGUCAAGGCUAUAACUUAUACACAGAGGUGACGCACCCAGGUUGGCUUGCUAAUGACUUCAUUUUUGUUAAGAACGGGAUAGUACCAUCUUUAAAAGAAAAAAUUAUAGAGUGAAAUUAAUUUCUAUAGACUACAGUGCCAGAAUAAGUGUGUAUAUAAGUUGUCUAUAUAUAUUGAGAUUUUUGUGUAAAUGAUGUAGGCCGAUCUGUAUAUGAAAUUACAGUGAUGCCACUAUAUGGCUGCUCUAUUAACCUGACUUUUCCUAGAGUUGUGAUAUUCAGUUGUAAAUCACUGCAAACAAUGUUAUUUUAUUUUCUACUAUUAGUGAUUAUUAAUUUCAAAAGAAUUUGCAUGUAAAUCUUUAUAGUGGAGUCAGAGGAUCAGUAACUUAUUUAUUAAAGUAUAAUAUUUUGCCAUCAUUAAUUAUCACAUUUAGUAAAUUUGUCACAUACAAAAAUUAUAUACAGGCUGCACUGUAUGUCAAUUCACAUAAAAAUCAAAGGAAUGAUCAUAUCAAGAGUUUGAUAUAUAGUACAUGCAAGAUAUUUAUUAAUUUUAUUUUGUUGUAGGUAGAACCCAAAUAGUUAGCACCAGUGACAUCAAACCCAUUAGAGCCCUAAUUUAUGUGUUCUAGGUUUUAUAGCUGUCUAUAAAGUGGGACACUGACAUGCAAAUGGUUUAGAACAAUGUAAAACGUGCAUGCUGCAGUAACUCCGAAGCACCACACAUAUACCAACAGGCUUAACUUUAAUAUCAAACAUAAUGUCAAGUACAGUAUUUGAUGCUUCUAAGGUGAUAUUUAAACAUUUUAUCUGCCAAAUUUUACAUUGCAAAGACAGUAUUUGCAACUAUGGCUAUAUGAAUUUACUAAAUUGUUGAGAUUUUUAUUGAAGUGUUAUUAAUGGUUGAAUUGGACAUAAUAAGCCUUCUGCAUUAGACUGAGCAAAAGUAUAAAAUUCCUGUUUUGGAAAAAAAAUGAGGAUAUUAAUUUAGAAAUAAUUUCUUUUUUCUAUUUAUAUUUUGUUCUAUUUGCAUUUUUCUAUUUAUAUUUUGUUCAUUUCAUCAAACUCAUUUAUUUAUUUAGUACUACCAUUACAUCAGUAUUAUUCACUUUGUUUCACUAUUAUUUUAUACUGUAUUUUAAAUUUGCACAUUACAGUAGUUUCUGUUUGGAAUAAUGAACAUUGUUAUAUUUUGUAUAAUUUACUGCAUAAACUCUAUAUGGAUUAUAUACAAUUUUACAAUAUAUAUACAUCGUUCAAAGAACAGCUCUGAUGUUUUUCAGUACAAUAUCAAGGUCAAGUGUCUUGAUCAAGAUCAAGUGUGUGUUGAUCAAGGGCAAGUGUGUUGAUCUAGAUGUGUGUUGAUCGAGGUCAAGUGUGUUCAUCAAAGACAAGUCUGAAGAAAUGUUAGAGUAAAAUCAACCUCUGAAACAUUUCCUCACAUUAACUAAUUAAAAACAGAACCAUAUCCUGUUCUCAGUCCUACAUUGUGUCUUAUUGAGCUUGACACCGUUGCUCUUUGUUUGUGUUACAACUGACUUUCUGAAAAAAUAUCCGGAUCAACAUCCUAUAGUAUUUUAAAGUAUUAUUCAGUAUUUUAAAAGUUUAAAUGAGAUCCACCCUGUCAUGCCUGGUUGGCAGUGUAGUUAGCCUUAUGGCCUUCAAGCAUUCCUAAUAUGUGAGAUGACUUCACCCUGGAAUGACUUGUUGCCCAGUGUUGUACCUUCUCCAGAACUGCUAUGUCCUUCUGAAAAUGAGGUCUCCAUGCUUGGAUACAGUAAUCUAAGUGAGGGCACACAAGAGAUAUAUACAGUUGAACCAUUACCUUCUUUUCCUUAUAGUCAAAAAUACACUUGAUUAUCCCAAGAGUUUAGUUAGUUUUUCUGACUGCUGCACCCAUCUGUUGUGCAACUUUUAAUGAGUGGUGGAUCAUGACUCCACGGUCCCUUUCUUCAUCAAUCUGCUGUAAUGUAAUGCUAUUAAUUUGGUAGUCGUGGCAUGGGUUGUUUUGUCCCAAAUGCAGGGUCUUGCAUUUGUCAAUAUUAAAAGAGCAUUUGUCA